AUGGCAGAAUCUAGAGCAUCCGAGUCCGUAAGUAAUCCAGCCAGUACAAGCACUUCUAGGCAUUGGACCCCGGUGUCCCAUGCCAAGUUCGAGGUAGAGAAGUUCGAUGGAAGCAGCAACUUCGGCAUGUGGAGAUGCGAAGUUAAGGAUAUGCUUGUCCAAAUGAACCUGCACUUCACUCUGGGAGACAAACCAGAUGACAUGGACGAGAUAGAAUGGGAGAGGAUGAAUCUCCUGGCCUGCAGUUCCAUCCGACUUUGCCUUGAAAAAGAGGAGAAGUAUGCCUUUACAGAAUAUGAUAUUACGAAGAAGCUUUGGAAGGCGCUGGAAGAUAAGUUCAUGACAAAGAGCAUUGAGAACCGGCUCUACUUGAGGAAGAGGUUGUUUCGUUUCGACUACGUUAAAGGUAUUUCGAUGAACGAACACCUAAAUAACUUCAACAAAAUUAUUACGGAUUUGAAGAAUUUGGAUGAUGACGUUGGUGAUGAAGACAAAGCACUGUUAUUGUUAAAUUCCUUGCCUGACUCGUAUGAUCAUCUCACUACUACUUUACUGUACGGUAAAGAGAAGAUCAAGUAUAGGUUAGUGAUAUCUGAUUUAUUUUUGUUAUGUUGUCAUAGUUCUGAUGAAGGUCUACCUGUAUCUGGUGAUGAAUCAAUGCAUGAAAUUCUGCAAAAAGCUUUGUUGAGGACAAUUCAUGAUAUUGAUACAAAAUUUUCACUGGAAGCUUUCAAUAACAGAUAUAUUUCUGGAUCCACGGCCACCAUCGUUCUCUUGGUGGAUGGUCAAAUUUUAGUUGCUAGUGUUGGUGAUUCAAAAGCACUCCUGUGCUUGGAGAAAAUCAAGUCUGCUUUGGGGGAUGAAGGUGCUUCAAUAACAGUGCUUGAUGUGGAAGAACUGACAAGAGAUCAUCAUCCAGAUAGAGAUGAUGAGAGAGCCCGAAUAGAAGCUGCUGGUGGGUUUGUACGUUUGUGGGGUGUGCCUCGUGUCAAUGGUAUCUUAGCUGUAUCCCGAUCUAUUGGUGAUGUGUACUUAAAAAGAUAUGGUGUUAGUCCCGUGCCUGAAGUGAUAGGUUGGCGGCAUUUAACUGCCAAUGAUUGCUAUUUGGUUGUUGCAUCUGAUGGCAUCUUCGAGAGUUUGAAACCACAGAAAGUUUGUGAUCUUUUAUGGGAUGCAAAUGUCCAAGUAAAUGAAAUGUCCAAAAGCUCAUGUUCAUGUUCAUCCUCUUCCUCAUUGGCUGACCGCAUUGUCAACAAAGCGUUCAAGAAAGGCAGUAGGGACAACUUGUCAGCUGUUGUAAUUCCACUGAAUUUUACUGGUUUUCCCCAAGAACCCGCUGGACAGAAUUUGUGAUUUUGGAAAAUCAGCCAUUUUAGCCUUUCAAAAGGCAUCUGCAAUCAGAUCGAUAUUCUUCAAGUUUCUACUUUGACAAACAGAGCAUGUUUUUCAUUUGCUCUGAAACUCAUUUGAGAUAGGAUUGAUAACUUUUGAAAGUUAAGAGUUUUAGAGUUUUCAUGUACUAUUGAGGUUUUGGAGCGUUUUUUUUUUUAAUAUUUUUUAUAAUCGCUACAUUGUGGGUAGAAUACUACCAUGCUAUGUUUGGGACCUAGGAUUUGUUCA